AUGACUAUUUCUUCUGCACAUCCAGAAACAGAACCCAAGUGGUGGAAAGAGGCCACAAUCUAUCAGAUUUAUCCCGCAAGUUUCAAAGACUCUAACAACGAUGGCUGGGGUGAUAUGAAAGGUAUUGCCUCCAAGUUAGAGUAUAUCAAAGAGCUUGGCGCCGAUGCCAUUUGGAUCUCGCCUUUCUACGACUCUCCACAAGAUGACAUGGGUUACGACAUUGCCAACUACGAAAAGGUGUGGCCAACCUAUGGUACGAAUGAUGACUGCUUUGCCUUGAUUGAAAAGGCACACAAGCUUGGUAUGAAGUUCAUCACCGACUUGGUCAUCAACCAUUGCUCCAGCGAACAUGAAUGGUUUAAGGAGAGCAGAUCCUCGAAGACCAAUCCAAAGCGUGACUGGUUCUUCUGGAGGCCACCAAAAGGUUACGAUGAAAAUGGCAAGCCAAUUCCUCCAAACAAUUGGAGGUCUUAUUUUGGUGGUUCUGCAUGGACAUUUGAUGAAAAGACACAAGAAUUUUACUUGCGUUUGUUUUGCUCCACUCAGCCUGAUCUCAACUGGGAGAACGAAGACUGCAGAAAGGCAAUCUACGAAAGUGCUGUUGGAUACUGGUUGGACCAUGGUGUUGACGGUUUCAGAAUUGAUGUGGGGAGCUUGUACUCCAAAGUUGCUGGCCUACCAGAUGCGCCUGUGAUUGACGACAAUACGAAGUGGCAACCUAGUGACCCUUUUACAAUGAAUGGACCACGCAUCCACGAAUUUCACCAAGAAAUGAACAAGUUUAUCAGAGACAGAGUCAAGGAUGGUAGAGAGAUUAUGACAGUUGGUGAAAUGCAACAUGCUUCCGAUGAGACCAAGAAGUUGUAUACAAGUGCAUCAAGACACGAGCUUAGUGAGUUGUUCAACUUUUCCCACACUGAUGUUGGAACUUCGCCCAAGUUCCGUCAAAAUUUGAUCCCAUUUGAAUUGAAGGAUUGGAAGGUUGCGUUAGCUGAACUGUUCAGAUACGUUAACGGGACUGACUGUUGGUCAACAAUUUAUCUGGAAAACCACGACCAACCUCGUUCGAUUACGAGAUUCGGUGACGACUCGCCAAAGAAUCGUGUCAUUUCCGGUAAACUAUUAUCUGUAUUGUUAGUGUCACUAACUGGUACUCUGUACGUUUACCAAGGACAAGAACUGGGUGCAAUCAAUUUCAAGAACUGGCCUAUUGAGAGAUACGAGGAUGUCGAAGUUAGAAACAACUACAAUGCGAUCAAGGAAGAGCAUGGGGAAAACUCGAAGGAGAUGAAAAAGUUUUUAGAGGCCCUUGCCCUUAUCUCCAGAGAUCACGCCAGAACACCUAUGCAAUGGUCACGUGAAGAGCCAAACGCCGGAUUUUCUGGUCCUAGUGCUAAACCAUGGUUUUACUUGAACGAGUCUUUCAGAGAAGGCAUUAACGCGGAAGAUGAAGUCAAGGACCCCAACUCAGUUUUGAACUUCUGGAAGGAGGCCUUGAAAUUUAGAAAGGCCCACAAGGAUAUUACUGUGUACGGCUAUGAUUUUGAGUUCAUUGAUUUGGACAACAAAAAGCUAUUUAGCUUCACCAAGAAGUACGACAACAAAACAUUGUUUGCUGCUUUGAACUUUAGCUCUGAUGCUAUAGACUUUACGAUUCCAAACGAUGACUCGUCGUUUAAGUUAGAGUUUGGGAACUACCCAAAGAAGGAAGUAGAUGCGUCUUCCAGAACAUUGAAGCCAUGGGAGGGCAGAAUUUACAUAUCUGAAUGA